AUACAGAACAGGCACCUCAAAUAUGAAAAAUUAUGGUUUUGUGGCAUUUUGCAACUUGAAUAACAAUCAAACAGAGCCUUUUUUGCAAAAUCGGCCUCGACAGACCUUUUCAGAUUUUAGUUAGCUUUAAUUUAAACAAAAGAUGGAAACGGAUGAAAACUGUAGGAUCUAAAUCAUUUUGAAUCCCAAUCCUUUACUUCGCCUCACUGUGUGCCGGUUCAUACACGUACGGGGCGUCGUGCUUUACUUUUUAGUAUAAUUAGAAAUCCUAAUUUUAUUUACACCAGAUUUAAAUGAGGUGUCUCAAUCAUGCAACGAUAUGCUGCAUUAUUGCCAAUGGCAUGGCGCCAAAUAUGAUUGUGAAAAACUUUUUAAUCCUACUAUGACGGACGAAGGUAUCUGCUGCAACUUUAAUUCGGUGCAUCGAAAUUAUCUUUUCUUUAAUCCGAAAGAUUGGACUGAAUUAAACGUCACUUACCCAUUUCCGAUAAUUGAUUGGACCCCCGAAACUGGGUAUAGUUCUAAUACGCCACCAGAUUCAGUACCAUGGAGACCCUACGGAGCUGGAAAAUAUUUCGGAUUAACGCUAGUGCUUGAUGUAAACCUUGAGGAAUAUUACUGUUCGUCAACUGCUAGUGUGGGAUUUAAGAUGUUGCUACACAAUCCAGUAGAGACACCAAAAAUAGCUGAUUUUGCAUUCUCCAUUUCACCCGGCAAGGAGACUCGUGUGAUAAUACGCCCUCAUAUUUCUGUUGCUAGCAAGAAAAUACUUAAGAUACCAAAAAAGAAACGGAAAUGCUUCUUUACUUCUGAAAGGCACUUACGUUACUACAGAACAUACACACAAAGAAACUGUUUUCUUGAGUGUGAAGCAAAUUUUACUCAACAAAUUUGUCAGUGCGUACAAUAUUACAUGCCAAAGUCAUCCAAUACUUCAAUUUGUGGAAAAAAAGAUGACCAGUGUGCUAUUCGAGCACGAAGAGCUAUGGAACUGAAGCUAUACGAUGACGAAAACACAAAUAAUCAGCUAAAUAUCACAGAAACACCUACUUGUAACUGUUGGCCAGGAUGUUUCGAAGUCGGCUACAGUUCAGAAAUGUCACAGAGUACUUUGGUAUCCUCAUUUGAUGUAGAUGAAAUUUACGUGAAGAAGGAUCAAAAUUACUUUGAGGAAAAUAUAGCAGUUGUACAUCUUUACUUUGUGGAUUCGCAAUUUACGAAAUUCAUGAAGAACGAAUUAUAUGGAUUUUCCGAACUUUUAUCUAAUAUUGGUGGUCUUCUUGGUCUUUUCAUGGGAUUUAGUGUUUUGUCCUUUAUGGAGAUCAUCUACUUCGCCACUUUAAGAUUUUGGUGUAAUCUUCGCAGAAAAAAAAGUAGGCAAAUUGAUGCAGAAUUUCUUAAACAGAGAGAGAAAAUCAAGCAACAUAUUCUUUACCCAUUCGCACAAUAGCACUGCCAAAUUAUUUUUCAAUUAGAGAUGUAAAAAAUAUCUCAUG